AUGAAUGAUUUGAGAUAUCCCUCAACUGGCUUAAACAACGAUGAGACGUGGAUAAGGAACAAUGAAUCUAUUGCGCGUUUAAAGCCGGUAUUCACUCAACAUACACUGCCUUCUUUGAUUAACACACAAGGAUGCCUUUCGCCACUGCGGCUUAUGAAUUCCUCCAAGAAUAGAAGAAAUGAGAUACACCCCUUAAAGCCUACCUCGUCGAUUCAUAAGUUGCCAUUGUUUAACCCGGUUAGAGUUCUCAACGCAGAUGAUAAACCGCGCGAGUGGGGCGGCGCCUGGAGGGGAAGAUACAGUGUGCGGCCGGUCGUUUACAUGAGGUUUGGCCGCAGCGCGGCGUAUGGCGACAAAUGUUGCAGAUGUGGAGGUAAUAAUGAAUUGCCGUUUUUAUUUACCAGCUCUCAGGGAGUUUCUUCACCGUGUGAAGUGCUUACUAAGGCCCUCAUCCCACGUCCGUCUAGGCCUUCUGCACCGCCGCCAGCUACGUACUACCAAAGGGAUCGCACGAGGGCGUCUGGUGACACCUCGGGUGAUGAUGAGGAAACACAUAUGAGGAGCAUAUUCUCUACGUACUGCAGUGCAUGUUUGCGUUCAAUCAAAUCAAAACAAGUUGAAUCCACGGAGCGUCCAAGGUUUUAUUUGACCAGUGGAUGGAAGGUUUUUUUUGAGCGUGAUGAGUACGUUGCACGAGAGCGCAUUAUGGAGGAAUGGCUUAAUUUUCUUCUCACGAUUCCACUUCCGGCGCAUUUUGGUUACCCUUCUUCUCCCACAAGAGACAAUAUUUAUCAAAGUGGAAUCCUCAAAAAUGGCAAAAGCAACUCAGUUCUACACCGAAAAAGUAAUGGCUUUCCUCAGGCGCAUUUAAGGUCCUACACCAGCCCAGCACUAUCUCUAGCAAUUGAACGUUUAUCUGCAAGGGAAUUUUUAGCUCGGAGGCAGCUACUAGACGAAGAGGAGGAUCGUUUUAAUAAACAUUUUAAGAAUUUAGGCCGCUACUUACGUUAUUUGGCACCAACUGGCAGCACAACUCGCAUAUAUGGCUUUUUGCGUGCUUGGAUUGCAAGACACCGUGCACAAAAGAUAGUUCGUUUCAACCAACAUGAACAAUUAAAAAACCACGAGGAUGCUGCGCGACGAUAUCUUGUUAGCGAGAUCCACAUUAAGCGUCAUCAGCUUUUCGUGGAGUUGGUUGAGAUGAUGGAGAAGAUCGACCGCGUGUGCAUUCUUCGCAUACAGCUAAUCACGUCGUAUUCACACGGCAUUGUUUCAAUUAAGCUUGCGGAGCAGGUGGCUCGGUUUCCGGUCCUUUUCGGGUGUUUGAUGUCUCAAGCAAGGAAAUUCUCCCUCGUGAAUGCGCAUACCGCAUUUUGCGCGUUAACAAUGCAAGAAGAGCAUCACAGGCAUCGCAUUGAGCGAGAGGAAGAUCAAGAACGAGUUGAAUUCCUCACAAUAGAGCAACAAGAACAUAUCACGGAUAGUGAGGAACAAUUUGAACGUAGAAUGAUUCAGGAACAGGAAGCUGUGAAAUAUUGGAAACUCGCGUGGCAGGUGUUUCAACUUGAAGUUUAUCACGCUUUUCGAGAUGUGGAGCAGUACGAAGCAGCAACACGAAAUACCGAAUUUCAGUGGAAAAAGAAAUCACAUGGAUCAUAUGAAUAA